AAAACCCUUUCCUCAGGCGGCCUGUAACUCGGUCACCAAGUAGUCGACGGGUUGGAGGAGGAGCUGAAGCGGUUCAUAAUUUCACCGGCAUUAUCAUCGGAAUAGUCACCGGAAAACCUCUAGUGGGGUGAAUAUGAAGCAGAUUCAUUCAAAAUAUGUGCAUAUACUUCGAAAUCUGAAGUAAUCGGAUCUGGUUUUCGUGCUAAAAACACUCCGGGGAUUUUCCAAACCCUGGCACCUCCGUGCGGCGGCGCUCGCGUCUCACCUAGUGGAAGCAGCGGCCCUCCUCCGGGAGGAGAAAACAGUGAGCGAAGAUGAGGAUUAUGAUAAAGGGGGGAGUAUGGAAGAACACGGAGGACGAGAUCCUCAAGGCGGCGGUCAUGAAAUACGGCAAGAACCAGUGGGCCCGUAUCUCCUCCCUCCUCGUUCGUAAAUCCGCCAAGCAGUGCAAAACCCGUUGGUAUGAGUGGCUCGAUCCUUCCAUCAAAAAGACGGAGUGGACUAGAGAAGAAGAUGAGAAGCUGCUUCAUCUUGCAAAGCUUAUGCCAACACAGUGGAGAACCAUUGCGCCUAUUGUGGGUCGUACUCCAUCACAGUGCUUGGAACGCUAUGAGAAGCUACUUGAUGCAGCAUGUGCCAAGGAUGAGAAUUAUGAUGCUAGUGACGAUCCAAGGAAAUUGCGUCCUGGGGAGAUCGAUCCAAAUCCAGAAUCGAAGCCUCCUCGUCCUGAUCCUGUUGAUAUGGAUGAAGAUGAGAAAGAGAUGCUUUCUGAAGCACGUGCAAGGCUUGCCAACACAAGAGGCAAGAAGGCCAAACGAAAAGCUAGGGAGAAACAACUUGAAGAGGCUAGGAGGCUUGCUUCUUUACAAAAGAGGAGAGAGUUGAAGGCAGCUGGAAUUGAUGUUAGACACAGGAAGAGAAAGAGGAGGGGCAUUGACUAUAAUGCUGAGAUACCCUUCGAGAAGAAACCACCUCCAGGUUUUUAUGAUGUUGCUGAUGAAGACCGUCCAGUGGAGCAACCUAUGUUCCCAACAACUAUUGACGAACUUGAAGGUGAAAGACGUAUAGAUAAAGAGGCACGUCUGCGGAAACAGGAUAUUGGUAGGAAUAAAAUUGCUCAAAGGCAGGAUGCCCCUUCAGCCAUACUCCAUGCCAACAAGCUAAAUGAUCCUGAAACAGUGAGGAAGAGGACCAAACUGAAUCUUCCCGCCCCUCAAAUUUCAGAUCAUGAAUUGGAGGCUAUUGCUAAGAUUGGCAUUGCAAGUGACCUCAUUGGGAGCGAGGAACUAAUGGAAGGGAAUUCUGCCACACGUGCCCUUGUUUCAAAUUAUGCCCAAACUCCACGCCAGGGGAUGACUCCGUCACGUACACCUCAAAGAACACCUUCAAACAAGCAGGAUGCUAUAAUGAUGGAAGCAGAAAAUCAAAGAAGAUUGAGUCAGUCUCAAACACCACUGCUGGGGGGAGAGAACCCAAUGUUGCAUCCAUCUGAUUUUUCUGGUGUGACUCCUAAAAAGAGGGAGAUACAUACACCAAACCCCCUCUUGACACCUUCAGCAACCCCAGGAGGGACGGGUCUCACUCCUAGAAUCGGCAUGACUCCUUCAAGGGAUGGAUAUUCUUUUGGCAUGACUCCGAAAGGGACUCCAAUGAGGGAUGAGCUCCGCAUUAAUGAAGAAAUGGAUAUGCACGAUGGGAUGAAAGUUGGGCGUUCAGAUUCUAGACAAGAAUUGUUUGCCGGUCUAAAAAGUCUUCCACUUCCCAAGAAUGAAUACCAGAUUGUCAUGCAACCACUUCCUGAAGAGAAUGAUGAACAGGAGGAAAAGAUUGAAGAGGAUAUGUCUGAUAAGAUUGCAAGGGAGAAGGCUGAAGAAGAAGCAAGGCAGCAAGCAUUGCUCCGGAAAAGAUCAAAAGUAUUACAGAGGGGUCUCCCGAGACCUCCUCCCGCUUCAUUGGAUCUAAUUAGGAUGAAACUUAUAAGAUCUGAUGAAGAUAAGAGCUCCUUUGUUCCUCCUACAGCAUUAGAGCAGGCCGAUGAGAUGAUAAGAAGAGAGCUGCUAUCUUUGUUAGAGCAUGAUAACACAAAGUACCCAGCUGAUGAGAAAUUAGACAAGGAGAAGAAGAAAGUAACCAAAAGAAAAACUGUUCAUGUGCCCGCUAUUGAAGAUUUUGAAGAAGAUGAGCUCAAAGAGGCUGAAAAUCUGGUCAAGGAUGAGGCUCAGUUUCUGCGUAUAGCAAUGGGACAUGAUACUGAAUCUCUAGAUGAAUUCAUUGACGCACACAAAACUUGCUCAAGUGAUAUCAUGUUCAUUCCCACAAAGAAUUCCUAUGGUCUCUCCAGUGUUGCUGAAAACAUGGAAAAAAUUAGUGCUCUGCAGUCCGAAUUUGAGAAUGUGAAGAAGAAAAUGGACGAUGACACCAAGAAGGCACAAAAACUUGAACAAAAAGUUAAGGUUUUAACAAAUGGAUACCAGUUCCGAGCAGGCAAAAUUGGGUCCCAAAUAGACGCAAUAUUCAAGCAAAUGGACACUGCAGGGACUGAACUUGAAUCUUUCAAAGUGUUGCAAAACCAAGAGAAGAUUGCCGCAUCAAACAGGAUCAACAACAUCUGGGAAGAAGUUCAGAGGCAGAAAGAGCUUGAGCGUACCCUACAGAAGCGCUACGGGCACCUCUUAGCAGAGAAAGAAAGAAUCAAGCAUCUCAUGGAGGAAUACAGAAGGCAAGAAGAAAAAGAAGCCGAGGCUAAGAAUCGUGCCCUUCUUGAACUGGCCCAGGCUGAGGCUGAGGCUGAUGGUAAACAAGAUUCUGAGGAUCCCAUGUCCGUAGUUGAUGAAGACCACCCAAAUCUUGAAAAAACUCCAAACGAGAAGGCGGAUGAUGAAGAACUGAACAAACUUCACAAAGCUGAGGCUAUUGAUAAAAUUAUUGCUCCACCGGGUAAACAAUAUCCUGAAGAACCCAUGGCCGUAGUUGAUGCAGAUCAUGAAACAACCCUAAAUAAGAGUACGGAUGAUGAUGCUCCGGAACAAAUGACCAAGCUGGCCAAGGCUGAAGCUGAUGAUAAACAAGAUCCUGAAGUGCCCAUGUCUGGAAUUCAUGAAGACCAGCCAGAUCACGAAAUAACUCCAAAGAAGAAGAAGACAGAUGAUGAUGAUGCUCUGGGACAACUGAACGGAAACCCUAAAGCUGGAAUGGAUAUCGACAUUGCAGCACCUUCUGACUCAUCACAGACCAUUACACCGUCUCUUGCAGCAGAAUCCACAGAACAUGUCCAAAACACACCAAACAGCUCUGGAGACAGCGGCACUGAUGCCCCUAUCAGCCCUCUGACCCCAAAAGCUGGAAUGGAUAUCGAUACUGUAACACCUGCUGAUUCAUCUCAGACCAUUCCCCCCGCGGAGCAUAUCCAAAUUGCAUCCCACAGCUCUGGAGAUGGUGGCAUUGAUGAAAAUCCAAACACAGACGAAAACCCAACUAGUGGGAAUAAUCACAGCAAAGCUUCUUCAACCGUCGAGGACUUGGACUCGUGAACUUUCACGCUAUGGGUUUGGUGCUCUUAUGCUGUUUGGGAAAAAAAGAUUGAGAUGUUUGGGUGUGGUCAAAAGAAUCUGGUACUAUAUUUUUUUGCCCAAAGCAAGAAUUUUUUUUAGCUGUGGUGAUACAUGUUGAGAUUUUGUACUGAGGUAAACAAAUUCUUUAUUUUGGACCUUUGAAGGAAGGGUUGAACUUAAUGCUGUAAACUUUACCCUUUUUUUUUCUUCUGUUGGGGAGAAACGGUUGCAUAUGGGAGAUACC